AUGGAUUUGGAGUCGAACUCGAAUUCGCUUCCCCUCAAACCGCCACUCGAAACUGAUCAGGACGUGCAGGAUGCGACCGAUCUUGCGGCGAUGGGUCACGCCCAGGCGUUGACCAGGAAAUUUGAUAUGUGGAGCAUGUUGGCUCUCGCUUUUUGUGUUCUCGGAACCUAUUCUACUUUUGCGCAGGAUCUUAGCAGUGGACUCACAAAUGGAGGACCGAUUACCAUUCUCUGGGGGCUGGUGCUCGUCACAGGCUGCAAUCUCUGUGUAGCCCUCUCGCUGGGCGAGUUGACAAGCAGCAUGCCCACGGCCCUUGGCCAAGCCUAUUGGGUCUACCGACUUUGGAAUACGCCGCUCGGUCGAUUCGUCUCAUACAUGUGUGCGUGGAUCAACACAUUCGGAUGGUGGACCUUGACAGCAUCGCAGGUCGCUUUCAUGACGGAGUUCCUGCUCGGCAUGAAGACCAUGUUUGCACCCAACUGGACCGGUGGUGACGCAGGCUGGCUCAACUUCGUUGUGUAUAUUGGUGUGGUCUUCCUGUUAACCCUCAUCAACGUUGUCAGCUGUCGCAAGGAGAAGAUCCUGCCCUGGUUCAACAACUUUGUUGGUGUAUGGUUCGGAGGUUUGUUCGUUGUCCUAUCGCUGGCCCUAGUUAUCUCGGUCGGUGUCAAGAGUGAUCUCUCUUUCCAGCCUGCUUCAUUCGUGUUUGGAAAAUGGAUUAACCAGACUGGGUGGAGUGAUGGCGUGGUCUGGUUCACGGGUCUUGUCCAGGCCGCCUAUGGAUUGACCGCGUUCGACUCGGUCAUUCAUAUGGUUGAGGAAAUCCCUGAUCCACGCAAGAAUGCUCCCCGUGUUAUUUGGAUGGCUGUGCUUUUUGGCGCAAUCACUGGCUUUAUUUUCAUGGUUGUUUGUCUGGGCUGCAUUCAGAACCUGGAUAAUGUCACCAAUGCGAGCCUGCCCUUUAUGGAGCUGAUGCUCGAGACGAUCGGCUUGAAGGGCGGUGCCGUUCUGAUCGCCCUUUUCAUCUUCAAUGGACUGGGCCAGGGUGUCAGUGUCCUGACCACAGCUUCGCGUCUAUCCUGGGGAUUUGCCCGCGAUGGUGGUCUGCCCUGGAGCAAGUACUUCAGCCACGUUGAUCCCGUGUGGCAAGUUCCCGCCCGAGCCCUCUGGGGCCAGGGUGUCGUCAUUGGCAUUGUUGGGGUUCUUUACUUGUUCGCCAACACUGUCCUCGAGGCUAUCCUGAGUGUCAGCACCAUCGCCCUGACUGUGUCAUACGCCAUGCCAAUCCUCGCCUUGUUGAUCGUCGGUCGCGAUACCUUGCCCGAUGGAGGUUCUUUCAAACUAGGCCGCUGGGGCCCUUGGAUGAACUGGGUUAGUAUUGUUUACUGUAUCAUCACCACUAUCUUCUUCCUCUUCCCCGGCAGUCCCAACCCAGCCCCUUCCGACAUGAAUUACGCCAUUGCUGUAUUUGGCGUCAUGCUUGUUAUCUCGGUCGCUUUCUGGUUCAUCCAGGGAAGCCGGACAUAUCUCCAGACUGAGGAUGCCAUUGCUCAGAUGGUCUAUGCUCAGCAUUUGGAGAAUGAAGAGGCGGCGUCUCAUGGAUCUGGUCAACUGUAA